AUGGCUGAUAACGCUCAAACCGCCAACUCUUCCCUGCCACCGGCACCUCAACCUGCUGUAGGUGCCCAGAACCAGCAGUACGAUAAUGUUCAGGGCAACGGCCAGCCCAAUGCGUCCCACAUGGCGCCACCGCCCCGUCCCCCCGUGGUCAUCCCCCAGAACACCAACCCUAUCCCCACUGCGAUUACCUCGCCUAUGUCCGGAAACAUGAUGUCUCCCACGAGUGCCGGUGGAUAUGUUCGACGGGCGGCCCCCGAGCCUAACAAGCGAGCUCUCUAUGUCGGUGGUCUGGACCCCCGAGUGACAGAAGACAUUCUCAAGCAGAUUUUUGAGACAACUGGCCACGUGGUUAGCGUCAAGAUCAUCCCUGACAAGAAUUUCAACAGCAAGGGUUACAACUACGGAUUCGUUGAGUUCGACGAUCCCGGUGCAGCUGAGCGAGCCAUGCAGACCUUGAACGGACGUCGUAUCCACCAGUCGGAAAUCCGGGUCAACUGGGCCUACCAGUCCAACAACAUCAACAAGGAGGAUACCUCAAACCACUUCCAUGUCUUCGUCGGUGACCUGAGCAACGAAGUCAAUGAUGAUCUCUUGCUGCAAGCUUUCUCCGCGUUUGGCACCAUUUCUGAAGCUCGCGUGAUGUGGGAUAUGAAGACUGGUCGUUCGCGUGGCUACGGCUUUGUUGCCUUCCGCGACCGUAAUGAUGCUGACAAGGCGCUCCAGGCGAUGGAUGGCGAAUGGCUUGGCUCUCGGGCUAUUCGUUGUAACUGGGCUAACCAGAAGGGCCAGCCCUCAAUCUCACAGCAACAGGCCAUGGCUGCGAUGGGCAUGACCCCUACUACUCCCUUUGGCCACCACCACUUCCCUACUCAGGGUGUUCAAAGCUAUGAUAUGGUUGCAUCACAGACCCCUCAGUGGCAGACCACCUGCUACGUGGGUAACUUGACCCCCUACACUAGCCAGAACGACUUGAUCCCGCUGUUCCAGAACUUCGGUUACGUCCUUGAGACACGCCUUCAAGCCGACCGCGGUUUCUCAUUCGUCAAGAUGGAUACCCACGAGAACGCCGCCAUGGCAAUCUGUCAGCUUAACGGUUAUAACGUUAAUGGCCGUCCCCUAAAGUGUAGCUGGGGUAAGGAUCGACCACCGACUGGCCAAUUCGACAGCUUUACUGCGCCGCCUCAGGGUAACGCUGGGUUCAACAACCAGCCCGCUGCGUUCUUCCCGCAGUACACUGGGCCUCAAACCCCUAUGAAUCAAGGUCCUGCGCCUGCUGGCCGAGGCUGGGAUCAACAAGGCAACAACUUCGGCGGCCCUGGUAUGCCUGGACAGGGCUAUCCUCAAGGCAAUGCUGGAGGUUAUGGGCGUGGCCAGCCCAUGUCCCCGUCUGGUAACUGGGAUCAGUCCAACAACAACUUCAAUGGAGGCUACCAGGCGUAG